CGGCGAGAAGAUUCGGGGAGGGGGGCGUACUGAAGGGAGGCACCUUCCCGGGAGUCUGCGAGUUCGAGUCUUGGCUGGAGUCGGGGCUGGCUGGGGCAGCCAUGAGGCCCGUGGGCACCUGGGACAGUUGAGAUCCAGAAAAGGAGAGGUGGGUGGGUGUACUAACUCCUUCUGUCUCCUUCUCCGCCCCAGAGUUGGGGUGUAAUCAUCUAGGGGUAGGGGGCGGAUUGAGGGUAGUUGUUGCUAGAAUCUGGGCUCAGACUACGGCUAGGAGAGGGGUGGCAUUUAACCUGGAGUUGGCUGGGGUUCUUGGGAGAAUCAGGUUGGGGAGCUCAUUCUUCCCAGGAGUCAACUCAGGACUUGAUUGAGAACGGAAUCGAGCUGGGGUAGGGGGGAGUGGAGAAUCAAUAGGUUAGGGGGCAGUCUGGGAGAGAGCAGGCAAUAGGGGAGAUUGGGGAAAUCUGGAGGACCGCUGGCUGGACUCAGCGGUCAAAAGAAAGAAGGGGUUCAAACUGCAGGUGUGGGGUGCCCCAUUGAGUGAGGUUUCCCAAUGCCUGGCCCCAUGGAAGAGCCCAAUGAACAGAGCCCCCUUCUGGGGGGUGGCGGCCAAAACAUGGCCCGUUCCCCGGGCAGCGGUGCCCCCAGCAUCUUCCGCGGCCGGCGCUUGGCCUGUGCCGCCGUCCUGUUGACCGAACUGUUGGAGCGGGCAGCCUUCUACGGCAUCACCUCCAACCUGGUCCUCUUCCUGAACGGACCGCCCUACAACUGGGAAGGCACCCAAGCUAGCCAGGCUUUGCUGCUCUUCAUGGGGGUCACCUACCUGGUGUCCCCCUUUGCCGGCUGGCUGGCCGACGCCCUGCUGGGCAAGUUCCCCACCAUCUUGGUCAGCAUGGCUCUUUACCUGUUGGGCAUGCUGGCUUUCCCUGCCAUGGCCACGCCCACCACCAUGCAGUGGAUCUGCGGCGACGUCCCCCUUUCGCCCGUCGAGAACUGCUCGUCGGUCCUCAACGCCACCGGCUCGCCGUGCCGCCUGGAGGGGACCAACCGCUACUGUGCCAUGGCCGCCUUCGUGGGCCUGGUCCUCGUGGGGAUCGGCGUGGGAUCCGUCAAGGCCAACAUCACGCCCUUCGGGGCCGAUCAGGUCAAAGAUCGAGGCCCUGAAGCUACCCGUCGUUUUUUUAAUUGGUUUUACUGGAGCAUUAAUUUAGGCGCCAUCUUGUCCCUCGGGGGCAUCGCUUACAUCCAGCAGAAUGUUAACUUCGUCAUUGGCUACGUCAUACCAACCGUCUGCAUCGGGGUCUCCUUCAUCGUCUUCUUGGGCAGCCAGGGUUUCUUCAUCACGAAACCCCCCGACGGCAGCGCCUUCACGGACAUGUUCAGGAUUCUGGCUUAUUCGUGCUUCUCCAGGAAAAGGCCCAGAGAUCACUUGAGCAACAGGGGCACCCAAGGAAUCCUCCAUCAACCUCCUCUAAAGCAAAGCCUCUUUGAGACGGCCAAAGCAUCUCGUGGAGGGCCCUUCAGAGAAGACAAAGUCGAAGAUGUGAAGGCGCUGGUCAAAAUCAUCCCUGUCUUCCUUGCGCUCAUACCUUACUGGACGGUGUAUUUUCAGAUGCAGACGACGUACGUCCUCCAGAGCCUGCACUUGAGAAUCCCUCAGUUUUCCAACGGCACCUCAAACAGCCAUACGUUCCCAGCGGCGUGGCUGACCAUGUUUGAUGCGGUGCUGAUUCUCAUCCUGAUACCUUUGAAAGAUAAAGUGGUUGACCCCAUUCUGAAGAGGAACGGCUUGCUUCCCUCGUCUCUGAAGAGGAUUGCGGUCGGAAUGUUCUUUGUGAUGUGUUCCGCUUUUGCCGCAGGAAUAUUGGAAAGCAACAGGCUGAAUAUUGUGAAGGUCAAAACGAUCGACCAGAAGAUCGGGACGGGGCUAUAUCAUGCGGCCGACAUGUCCAUCUGGUGGCAGGUCCCUCAAUAUAUCCUGAUCGGGUUCAGCGAAAUAUUUGCAAGCAUUGCGGGUCUCGAAUUUGCCUAUUCGGCCGCUCCCAAAUCUAUGCAAAGUGCUAUUAUGGGUCUCUUCUUCUUCUUCUCUGGAAUCGGGUCCUUCGUGGGCUCAGGGCUGCUAGCGUUAGUGUCUAUUAAGCAGAUCGGCUGGAUGAGUAAUCAUGUGGAUUUUGGGAAGCUUGGAGGUGGAGAAAUCCAGGAGGGCGAGAGCGGCGGCCAUUAUUCUUCUGCUCCUGCAACUCCUUCUGGGCCCAGGCACCCAGCCUGCCGGCCGCCUUGUACUCACUGGGGCCACCUCAGGCUGUUCAAUCCAGCGUGGUGCUCAUGGGGAGGAGCUGCAGAUGCCCAGCACAGGGGGGUGUCCUCCGCCUAA